AUCUAUAUGCGCACUCUCCUUAGGCUCUCCCGCUUCUAAAAGGAAUCUCAUCGUACUUUCCCCAUAUCCAACCGUAGAUCUCCAUUUCUUCUCCCUCUCUCCCCAUUUCUCUUUUUAAACUUCUCCCUCAUCUUCCACAAAUUAAGCUUCACAAGAACUCUCGCAAGCAUGUUCAAAUCUCCAGAACUCCCUGAUUGUUUCUAUCAUAACCACCCAGCUCUAAUCUCCCCUUCUAUCCCCACCCCCAACCAUUCUCUAUAUCUCUCCAACCUUGAUGAUCAAAAGUUCCUUAGAUUCUCCAUUAAAUAUCUCUACCUUUUUAAAAAAUCUGUGAGCUCAGAUAUCUUGAAAUAUUCACUCUCUAAAGUUCUUGCCGACUACUACCCAUUAGCCGGGAGGUUGAGAACUUCCAAAGAAGAAGAUCAGAAGCUUGAGAUAGAUUGCAAUGGAGAAGGUGCGGUCUUUGCUGAAGCUUUCAUGGAUAUCACAGCUGAACAGUUUCUUGAAAUUUCUAGGAAACCAAACAGGUCUUGGAGAAAGCUUUUGUAUAGAGUGGAAGCCCAGAGCUUCUUGGACAUUCCUCCUCUUGUUGUUCAGGUAACAAAUCUACGAUGUGGAGGAAUGAUACUAAGCACCGGAGUUAAUCACUGUGUAUGUGACGGUAUAGGCACUUCCCAAUUCUUACAAGCAUGGGCCCACAUCACCACAAAACCGAAUCAUGAUCUCCCAGUCACGCCAUUUCACUUCCGAUAUGUAUUAAAACCUCGAAAUCCCCCGCAUGUAACCUUCACACAUCCUAGUUAUGUCAGACACGAUGACACUGAACUACAACCAUCCGUGGGUCUUAACCACUAUUUGCAAUCUCAGCCGUUGGUGCCCAUCUCCUUAACUUUCACCGCGUCUCAUAUCCUCCACCUCAAGAGGCAGUGUAUUCCCUCGCUCAAGUGCACCACCUUUGAAACACUAGCCGCGCACACGUGGCAGUGUUGGGUUAGAUCACUGGACUUGCAAUCUUCUCUCAAUGUCAAGCUCCUUUUCUCGGUUAAUGUCAGGAAAAAGUUAAUCCCAGAAAUGCCACCAGGAUAUUAUGGGAAUGGAUUCGUACUGGGGUGUGCUCAGACCUACGUUAAGGAUUUAAUCUCUAGUAAUUUGCAUCAUGGGAUAAAGUUAGUUCAACAUGCUAAAUCAUGUUUAAAUGAUGAUUAUGUGAGGUCAAUGAUUGAUUUGUUGGAGGAUAAAACAGUAAAAACAGAUCUUUCAGCAAGCUUUGUUAUUUCUCAGUGGUCAAAAUUAGGAUUAGAGGAUUUGGAAUUUGGAGAAGGGAAGCCAUUGCAUAUGGGUUCUUUGACUAGUGAUAUUUACUGCUUGUUUUUGCCGGUUAUCGGUGAUACUGAAGCGGUCACCGUGCUCGUAUCAUUACCGGAAAGUGCAGCUGUGAAGUUUGAGUAUUAUAUGAAGGAGGAUUUUUGGGAUAAAGAAGCCAAUGGAAAUGGGUAUCAUUUAGAAGAAAAUGGAUUCAUUUGAUUAAUCACGCCAUAUAUAGUUGUGUUUUUUUUUUUUCACCUUAAAAAUCAUUCUACCUAAUAAGUAAGAAAAAGCUUAUAUGGAUAUGAUGAGAUGAACUUAAUGUGUUGUCUUUUGUAAAAGUGAAAUUUGACCAAUUUCUAGAACUUCCUCAGCUUUUGUGCAUUCA